AUGAACAAGUUUAGAGUUCGCAAGUUUGUGAAGACUGCAGGUGACACCUCGGGUGUGCAUCACCUCAUUGAUCGAGACAGUAGCCUACCGACGGAGAUGACCGGCAUGCCAACAAAAAUCACCAGCUGCCUCAGGUGUCGAAAAUUGAAGAAAAAGUGCGAUAAGAUUCUUCCCGAAUGCUCAAACUGUGACAAGGCAGGUGAACCCUGUCAGUACGUUCCGCGGAAAAAGAGAAAAGUUAGAUCGAGCUCGGGCACGGAGACAGGUCUGAACCUGCCCAGGAGGUAUAGUUUCAAGGAAAGCACCGAUGAAAAGACUGGUCCCAAUCUGCCCGAGUCCCUAGUCAUGGACCAGGACCACAAGAGUUUGGAUACGAACGGCGUGCAGGUCUCAUUUCCGUAUCCGCACCAAGACGGUGGGUUUUCAAACUCUACACCAUACGCAGUGUCGUAUCGAACUUACGAGCAAAGCAACGAAAGGAUGACGCAAAUACCUUCUCAAAAUGGUGCUAAUGCUGACGGUGGUGGUGGCGAUAACGGUGACGGUGACGGCGACGGUGACACGGAUGGUAACGCUAACGCCAACGCUAACGUUAGCACUAGCUACCCGCGGUACCACUCGUCAGCCCUGCCGCUUUUAGCAGAUCCUUUUCCGAGACAUCACGAGAUGAUGGAUGCUUCAGAGGAAGUAGAGAACAACGAUCACCAGUACAAGCACCAAAAUGGAUAUCUGACGUCGCCCUUUUUAAACUCAAUCGAUGCUCGUGCUCCAAAUUUUGAUGCAUACCCAAAGCAGAUCUCAAAGGUUCUCUACGGUGCCGUGGGGAUUAAAACCAACUCCAAUGUCAGCAUCAUUCCUCCAAUUACAGACAAAGUAUUGCUAACGAGGGUCAUGAAUGCAUUUUUCAUGCACACUUAUCGGAUAUGUCCAGUGAUCAACAAGAGUGAGUUUAUGUACAAGUUCAACAAGAUAUUCAGCGCGGACGACGUUUCGGGCUCCUUGGAAGAGUUUGACGACCAAUACGAAUUGUACAUGGUUUUAGCGAUAGGAAGUACCCACUUGGAACGAUCGAGGAUCAUUGGCCGAGAUAAACGUAUCUCGGAGUACUUUGUGUCGAUGGCGUUGAGUAGUGUUCACAACAACAUUUCUAAAAACGAUGUCCCCAGUAUGAGAAGCUUGAUGCUCCUAGCGUUGUAUUCGUUUUUCAAUCCCGCGGAGUUUAUAUCCUGGGAGAUAUCGGGUAAAUUGGCAAGAAUGGCGAUCCACUUGGGGUUGAACCAAGCCAUUGACCUGGAGGCGAAAAAGAUGACUGCCCGCGAAGUUGAGAUGAGAACACGGCUCUUGUGGUCGGUAUACACCAUUGAUAGGUUGACGUCAGUGACGUUGGGCCGACCGGUGGCUUUGAACGACGACGAUAUUAAUGUUCCCUUACCGCAGAUUUUGGACGACGACGAGAUUGAUGACAUCACUACCUAUAGAUUGGUUAUCCAUUUGCGGCAAAUUGAAGGCCGGAUUCUUCGAAAAGUCCAUUCCGUCAAUGUUCACAAGCGUCCCGAGUACCGCAACAGACUGGAGGCCGAAGUGUGCGAACAGGUGCUCUCGGAGCUUCGCGAGGAAAUCGAGGAAUGGCACAAAAAGGCAAACGAGUUGGAUAACCUCACCACCAAGCCCAAGCAAUCGCUUGCGUUUAGAGCGCUGAUACCUUGGUUCACUGCUAGAUACAACCAUCUACUCAUCCUCCUUUACCGUCCUUCCUACCUCAACCCUCAGCCACUGCCUGACAUUCUCGACAUUUUGGGCAAAGCCUGUGUCCACACUUUGUCCUCGACUUACAAGCUAUUCAAAGCCAAGUCACUUCCACUCAAUUGGACAACACUUUAUCGGUUCCUCAUGGUGGGGACAACAAUUCUUCACUGUUUGUGCAAGUGGGCUAUAGAUUUGAUGGAAUCCAAAACCGAAAUCUGCUACUGUAUAGAGAUCUUUGAAGCUUUUGGUAGUGACUGGGUUGUUGCUAAAAAAUGUGCAAACGUUUUCAAAACCAUUGAGAACAAGUUGCUCGAGAUUACGCUAACUGACGGACACACCAGCGAUAUGGACAACUUGGCCAAGGAGUUGCUCGGGGCUUCCUCGUCGUAUCAUGAAAUAUUGAAUGUCCAUUCAGUCGACUUGUGUCUCGACAGCCAAUACAUGUACGGGUUUGAGAGCUAG